AUGCGGGUCAUCUCCGGCCACUUGGGUUGGGUGCGCAGUUUGGCCGUCGAGCCCAACAACGAGUGGUUUGCUAGUGGUGCAGGCGAUCGGACCAUCAAGAUCUGGAAUCUGGCUACAGGUGCCCUCCGUCUCACUCUCACGGGUCACAUUUCCACUGUCCGCGGCUUGGCCGUGUCCCCCCGACAUCCGUACCUCUUCUCCUGCGGUGAAGACAAAAUGGUCAAGUGUUGGGAUCUCGAAACCAACAAAGUCAUCCGUCACUACCACGGCCACCUCAGCGGCGUCUACACCCUCGACCUGCACCCCCGUCUCGACCUCCUCGUCACAGGUGGUCGUGACGGCGUAGCCCGCGUCUGGGACAUGCGCACUCGCGCCAACGUCCACGUCCUCGCCGGCCACAAGGGCACCGUCGCCGAUGUCAAAUGCCAGGAAGCCGACCCGCAGAUCAUCUCCGGCUCCCUGGACGCCACCGUCCGCCUCUGGGAUCUCGCAGCCGGUAAAUCCAUGGGCGUGCUCACGCACCACAAGAAGGGUGUGCGCGCUCUCGCCACUCACCCCCGCGAAUUCACCUUCGCCUCCGCCAGCACCGGCUCCAUUAAGCAAUGGAAGUGCCCCGAGGGCGACUUCAUGCAGAACUUCGAUGGUCAAAACGCUAUUAUCAACACCCUCUCCGUCAACGAAGACAACGUCAUGUUCUCCGGCGGUGAUAACGGCUCCAUGUGCUUCUGGGAUUGGAAGACCGGGUACCAGUUCCAGAGCAUCGACGCUGUCGCUCAGCCGGGUUCUCUGGAAGCCGAGGCGGGUAUUAUGGCUUCGACGUUUGAUCGUACUGGCUUGCGUCUUAUUACUGGUGAGGCUGACAAGACUAUUAAGAUUUGGAAGCCGGAUGAUGAGGCCACCGAAGAAUCGCACCCUGUUACCUGGGCCCCCACCUUGGGGAGACAGAGGUAUUAG